CCCUGCUAAACUUAAGAUAAUUCUUGUGAAGGACAAUGAUUCCAGCUUAUUGAAUUCAUUUCAGCACAUUGCAUGCCAUGUUUGUGAUUUUGUUUGCACACAGCAAGAACCGGUUUAUCUUGAAAUGUUACAAUUGUUAAAAAAAAAGAAAUGGAAGGAUGUUAAAACCUUCUAAAACAGAGAGCACAAACCCCAUGAAGAAUCAUUUCAGGCUGUUUCUAAUCCAGGAGUGUGUCAGGUAAAGACUUUCCAGAACCAGAAUUUAAGGCACCAUGGAUCCAAAACAAAUGUGGAAUUAUGUGAAAUCUCCUCCAGGAGGAACUAGUACAGCUUGCCUUGUGAUUUCAAAACUACUACUCCUGGCUCUUCCCAUUGCUCAGAUUGCAAUAGGUGCAGUACAUCUUCAAGACUGUCCCCAGCAGCACUAUAUCCCACUGUAUGUGCUGGUAUGUGGAGUGUUUAGUGUACUUCUGGCCUUGUUGUCUUGUCUGCCCUGUGCCAGGGUGACGGAGGAAACGGGUCGUACUAUGCUCAGCUUCAUCUGCACUGUGUGGAAUGCUCUGGUUUCUACCUUCUUGUUCUGCUGGCUGAUCAGUGGCAGUGUGUGGAUUUACUCUAUUUACCCUCCUAACUACAACCAAACCCUGGCUGGAGUUCCCUACUGCAAUAAGACCCUCUACUUGUUUGCAUUCUGGACCACCACUCUGGGAUAUGUUCUGUUAGGUGUGGCACUGUUGCUCAGAUGCUGUUUCUGUAUCUGUACUUGCAUUUGUGGAUUAGCAAAAGGUUAAAAAAAACACUCUGUGGGCCACCGUAAAGGUGCAGUUAGCGAUUUCUGAGAAACACUGCUGAUAUUUGAAAUGAACCCAAACAAACAUACCACCCUUCAUUGCUUUGCCCCCAAAAUACACGAACACACAACAUAACACCACAGACACUAAUAAUGUGCGACACAUGAAAUUGUCAGAAAUUUAGCUAACUUUAAGAAAAUUAAUAAGAAAGAAUGUACUCAUGAUGCACCCCUCAGAUCAAUCAGCACCUGCAAUGACCUUUACACACAGGAAGUAGUCCAAAUAGAGCUCCCCCUUGUCUUAAAGGGGCGACAUCCAUUGUUGUAACACCACAGACAUGUAUUUGGGGGACACUACUUUUUUCUUAAAUAAUACAAAAUAUGUAUUUUAUAAAACAAUUUAAUACUAUUGUACAUGUUAAAUAAAAUCUAUAUUCCCAA